GUGACGUCAGCGCUUGUUGUUGUUUGGCGCGGGGAAGAUGGAGGCGGAUGGUGGGGUCUCCGCGCAGCUCCUGAGGGAAUUCACCUCCAUUACCGGUGCCAGUGAAAAUGUGGGCAAGCACAUGUUGGAAGCAUGUAAUCACAACUUAGAAAUGGCUGUUACAAUGUUCCUGGAUGGAGGUAGUAUAGCAGAGGAACCCAGUACUAGCUCAGCUGGAGCUUCUUCAGCUCAUCCUCCACCUCCUGCAGAAGAUGAUGUUAGAGCACCAAUUCCACAGAAACAAGAAAUCCUUGUGGAGCCUGAAAUGUUUGGUGCGCCUAAAAGACGGCGGCCGGCCCGCUCAAUAUUUGAUGGCUUCCGGGAUUUCCAGACGGAGACCAUCCGUCAGGAACAGGAGCUGCGUAAUGGUGGGACAGUGGAUAAGAAGCUUACCACACUAGCUGACCUUUUCCGACCACCAAUAGACCUUAUGCAUAAAGGCAGCUUUGAAACCGCCAAAGAGUGUGGCCAGUUAAAGAACAAGUGGCUUAUGAUUAACAUCCAGAAUGUGCAAGAUUUUGCAUGUCAAUGCUUAAACAGAGACAUCUGGAGCAAUGAGUCUGUGAAAACACUUAUUAGAGAACAUUUCAUCUUCUGGCAGGUUUACCAUGACAGUGAGGAAGGGCAGAGAUAUAUCCAAUUCUACAAAUUGUCAGAUUUCCCAUAUGUUUCUAUUCUGGAUCCUCGUACAGGACAGAAAAUGGUGGAAUGGCACCAGCUGGAUGUGAAUUCCUUUCUGGAACAAGUGACAGGAUUUUUAGGGGAACAUGGGCAACUUGAUGGACUCUCCAGUAGCCCUCCCAAGAAACGAUUACGGUCUGAAAGCCUUAUUGAUGCAAGCGAAGAUAGCCAGCUGGAAGCUGCUAUUCGGGCCUCAUUGCAGGAGACUCAUUUUGACUCAUCAGCCAACAAGCGAGCGUCUCGAUACGAUGAGGAGUCUGAUUCAGAGCUGUACUCUGGCAGUGAGGAGUUUAUCUCUGUUUGUGGAUCUGAUCAUGAGGACGAGGAGAAACCUUAUGGGGAGUCAUCUUCUGAGCAAGAUAUCUGCAACACCAAAGCCAAUAAGUCCCCUAUUAGAGACACAUGCAAUAAUAGAGAUGAAACAGAAAGAAUACAAUCGGUCGUCGAUAAAACAGAAGAUGAUGUGUCAAACCAUCGGUCACCACCACCAGCAGACACAGUUCAGACUGACACAUUUCCUGAAUCACCUGGCUGUUCAGCUGACAGUACAGAUAACCAUGAUUUAGGACCAAAAGCUAAAUUAAUGUUGCGGUAUCCAGAUGGGAAGAGGGAACAGAUUACAUUACCAGAAAAAGCCAAAUUACUGGCUUUGGUCAGACAUGUGCAACUUAAAGGGUUCCCCAAUGAGCGCUUUGAGUUGCUCACAAACUUCCCACGACGGAAACUGUCACACCUGGACUAUGAGGUCACGUUGCAAGAAGCUGGAUUGUGUCCACAAGAGACUGUAUUUGUGCAGGAAAGGAAUUAACAUUAACAAUUCUCAAAUUUUCACAAGUCCAUCAGUUAUGGCCCACCCAAUUGAUUUAGGACCCAUCAUUGCUGCGUAUUUGGGGAAAACUUUUCCUGACUGGUCCUUCCACUUCUCUGGCUCAUUGUCACAGCACUACAGAGAAAACACUGUGAUUCAGAUGGAGCCAAACUGUUGUGGUGGAAACAUCUCGUCCAACUUUUUGUUUUUUCCUACAGAUGUUUUUCCAGGAAUUCUUUAUCAUUGUUAUCGUUUUCACUUAUUUUUGUAUUUUAUUAUAUUCUCUUCCAUACCUCAUGAAGCAGUGCAGGAUAUCCCCAUAAAAAGAAGGUUCAAGCUCAGAUUUAGGGAUUUGGGUGAUCCAUAUUCUCUCUCCCCUGCAUUGGAAACCGAAGUACAGUCUAUGCAGCCGUGAGUCCAUAUUGCUUAUUAAACUUUGUUUCUGAAAACAGAA